AUGCAACGGACUCUCAUGAACUUGUCAUUGGCAACACAGUCAGUCUUUUUACUUCCUUGUCCGUUCGCUUGGCAACCGUCAAUAAAUGCGAAUAACAAAGUGAUACAACAACGCGAGUGCUUUGAAAUUCGACAGAAAUUCGCAUUGGUAGAUCUACUGAAAGGUUUCAAUAGUGAUCCCGCCGAUGGGGUCCUUGGUCUUGCCUUCGCUAUAUCGGCUAGCAAACAUUUGACACCACCAUUCCUGAACGGAGUACCACAAAAUGUUUUUGACCAGCCGAUCACGACCAUUUGGAUGAAAAGACAUGAACCGCAAAAGAAUGUAUUCGGUGGUUACGCAGUGUUGGGGGGCUACGACGAUGAGAAAUGUGGUGCUAUAAUCUACGGGUUGGGUUGGGAAGUGGUCGCUGAUACGGGCACUUCCCUCAUUUUGGGACCACCACAUGUUAUUGAGGAAAUGGUUAAUGCGAUCGGUGGUGAGGUUAGUAACGAGCAAAUGAUUUAUGUCCGAUCGUCUUUGCACCUGGCUCACAGGAACUUUGAUGAGGUAGAAGAAUUUUGCUUGCAUAAUAUUGAUCAUUAUGAUGAUAAUUAUUAUAUCGAAUGUGAUUUGAUGGACAAGUUACCACCAAUUCACUUCGCUGUUCGUGAUACGUCAAUUGUGAUCCACCCGCAAAAUUACGUUACUCACAUGACAUGGGAUACUGAGGCUUGCCUACUUGCGCUCGGUGUAACGGGCACAAGUAGUUAUGAUCCAGCGUGGAUAUUUGGUAAUCCACUUUAUCGUGCACUAUGUAUCGUUGAGAUGAGGAAUGUGCUAAUAAUAUUACUGUUAUUUGUAUCACUAGCAAUCGCUGCUGUCACACGCGUACCCCUCACUAGGAUUCAAUCGAAACGUGAACGCUUAAUGAGCCAAGGCAAAUGGGGCGAAUAUCAGAGAGCCAAAAAUGUUCGUCGUCUCGAAAUUGCGAGGCGAAUGCAGUCAAAGGAUGUGGUUGCAGAACGCGUUAGUGGACACUUAAAUUUUUAUUCAAACUUGAACGAUUAUGACGACCUUCAGUAUGUGAGCAAAUUUGCGAUUGGUACACCCCCGCAGGAAUUUAACUUGGUUAUGGACACUGGAUCAUCAGAUUUAUGGGUAGCGGGAGCUACUUGUUUAAGCACGAGUUGUAGAACGAAGAACCUUUAUAAUAGUAAACAAUCGAGUACGUUUGAAAGUACUGAUGGUCGGUUCAGAACUGGGUAUGGUGACGGAUCAGGAGCGUCAGGAUCGAUUGCAAAAGAUACUGUCCAUUUUCUUGGACCGAACGGUACUUUGGUUAGUGUAAGAGAACAGGAAUUUGGAGUGGCGGAUUCACUGAAUGGUUUCGAUGAUGACACCGUCGAUGGGAUCCUUGGUCUUGGCUUCGCUGUACUGGCAAACACACAUGCGACACCACCAUUUCUGAAAGGAGUUCAACAACAUGCUUUUGACAAGCCGAUCAUGACCAUUUGGAUGAAAACUGAUGGGCCGAGAGAUAACGUAUUCGGUGGUUACAUGGUGUUAGGUGGCUAUGACGACGAGAAAUGCGGUUCUAUAAUGGGAUAUAAGGACCUAUCAAUGGCGAGCUAUUGGCAAUUCCAAAUGGAAAAAGUAGCUGUACACAAUUUCAACAGCGAGUUGGGUUGGAAUGUGAUCGCUGAUACGGGCACUUCCUUCAUUAUAGGACCGUCGUACGUAAUUCGUAAAAUGACUGAUGCUAUUGGUGGAGCGAAUGUUCGAUAUGACAGUGAUAAUGAUAUCUACACUGUUAGCUGUUAUUAUGCAAACAGAUUACCACAAAUUCACUUCUCUGUUGGUGGUAUGUCAAUCGUGAUCCACUCGCAAAAUUACGUUGUUCGUUUCCAAACGACGUCCGGCGCUGAUGUUUGCGUACUUGCGCUUGGUGAAAUGGACACAGAUAGGGUUGGGAUCCUUCAGUCCUCCUCCGAGAAAUCUGAGGCCGGAGCACCGUUUUAUGAGAUUCUCCUCUACCCUAGUCUUCCUUACCCAUUUGCGGUGUUCCUGCGCCUGCGGAAACUGAUCAAUGUUCAAGACUCGAUGUCGAUUAUUCCUUUGACGAUGUCCUUGCCGAGAUGGAUCGUGUUUUCGUCAGAAGAUAGCUAUUCGCGACCACAGUACGCUAUCGUCACUAUCAAGAAUGUCGAGUCAUUUCCGGUCGUGUAUAGAAUUCGAACGAAGGAUCGUUCAUUUCCAAGAUUUUCUCGUUGUCAUGGCUAUUUGAGUAAGGGAGCAAGCGAGGAGAUAACCAUCAUGAUACCAUCCUCUGAGCACUGGCCUCGAGAUCCAAUUGAAUUCGCUGGUAAACUACUGAUCAUUCGACGAUUACAAAUGACACCGAACCGUGAAAUAUUCAUUGCAUUGCUAUUAACUUGUGCACGCGUUUUUAUCAUCAACGCACAGAUUUUCCGUACUCCAUUCACAUACCUCCAUGCAGCAGCAGCAGCAGAAAUUCUGCCGGAAUAUUCGCACCAAGAUGUGAUGAGUGCACAGAAUGGUCAACUAACUCAACAACAAGUGUUGAACAAUUAUGGAAAUACUGUAAUAGUUGCUAAUAUAACGAUCGGUACCGAUCCAUCUCAAACGUUCUUGCUUGUGGUCGACACAGGUGCGGCUGAUACGACUGUAGCUGACAUCACGUGCCAGUCGAAAGCAUGUCAUCGUAAACGUCGCUUCAAUUCGACCCUAUCGAAGACCUAUAGUACCGAUCACCUAGCAUGGAAAACAAAGUAUCAGAAUGGUGGUUCCUUAAAAGGUUUCGUUGGACAAGAUGUUUUUACGCUACGUGGUAGUGGACAGUCGCAGAUACGAAUUGAAAAGCAACUUUUCGCGCAGAUCACUGAAUGGAACCAUGAUGAAAAAGCUCCAGCCGACGGCACACUUGGACUUGCUUAUCGAGCCAAGGCACAAUACCAUAAUCCGACGCCAAUGGACAAUAUGGCCAGUCAACUUGCUGAAUCCAUCUUCACUAUUUGGAUACCUAGAAAGGGUACCUCAGCCGAAGGAUCGUCAGAUGGAUUGAUAACGCAUGGUGGUUUGGAUUUGGAUCAUUGCGGAAAGAUGAUAGGCUAUCGAUAUUUGAGUUCAGCACGACAUUGGCAGUUUCGAAUGGAUUCGGUGAGCGUUGGAUCGUACACAAAUCAGAAGGGAUGGGAAGUGGCUUCAGAAACGGGUUAUGCGUUCAUUGGAGUCCCGAAAUAUGUCAUGAAUCAUAUUGUCAAAGAACUCAAUCUCGCGCCUGCGAUGGUAAACAACGCAUACUUUACGAAUUGUAAGCAGCUACCAUCAUUACCAACUCUGAAGUUUGGGAUUGGCUCCAACAUUUACGAAAUGGAUACGAACACUCUAUUUCAUCAGCGUAGCGGUAUGUGUCUCAGUGUGUUGAUGGCGAUUGAGUCGUUUGGUUACGGUAAUGAAGCAACAUGGGCUCUCGGCGUUCCUUUUGCGUUCAACUUCUGUCAGACGUUCGAUUUCGGCAAGCAAAGGAUCGGAGUUAUGCAAUUGAUCGCGCUUGUAGUGCUUUUGAAUGGCAUUUCUGCGGAAGUGAUUCGUUAUCCGCUGAGAGAGAUUGACAGUGUUCGCGUUCAAUUAAUGCGAUCUGGCGAGUGGCAUCAACGACUUAAGGCAAAAGAAAUUCUUAGAACGACACCAAUCUCGCACGAUAUCGUUCGACAAAGUAAAAACCAUUUACAGAUGAAUGAUUAUGAUGAUUUGGAAUAUUUUGGCGUUAUUGCAAUUGGAACACCAGAUCCUCAGCCCUUCAUAGUGAUCCCCGAUACGGGCUCGUCAAAACUUUGGAUUCCAGACGUGUCAUGUGACACCGCCUAUUGCGCUAAGAAGCACCUAUUCAACCAAUCUCUGUCGCAGACAUACGUUGCCGAUGAACGAAUUUGGGCGAUUGGCUACGGAGAUGGUUCUGGUGCAUUCGGUGUAACCGGUCGAGAUACCAUCACGCUUGGUGACGCGGACGGGGAGCAUAUUCGUGUUCAUAAUCAGACGUUCGGGCAAGCAAUUAUUUUGAUCGGUUUUACAGCGGAACCAAUCGAUGGGAUUGUUGGUUUGGCAUUCGCUGAAUUAGGUCACGACGGUGAUAUACCACUGGUUAUUAAUGCCGUUAAUCAGGGUCUACUAGACGAACCUAUUUUUACGGUUUGGAUGCAACAUCGCGUAAGGAUUCGUUACUUUUUCAGCAAUGAAUUCGUUCAAUUUUCUCUUCUUCAGAUCACAUGUAAAUGUAAGCACUACUAUCAACGUUCACUGAUGAAAAUUUUCCAGCUGUCCAAUGAGACCUUAUUCGGUGGUCAAAUAACGUACGGUGGUUUUGAUCGAGUGAACUGUGGUGAAUUGAUUGCUUACGAGAAUCUCACAAGUGCAACAUUUUGGCAGUUCAGAAUGAGGCGAAUUGCAUCUGGAAAUUAUUCGAAUGCGAACGGAUGGGAGGUUAUCUCCGAUACUGGUACUUCUUUCAUUGGAGGACCAACAAAUGUGAUCAAGAAGUUAGCUGAUGAGAUCAAUGGGACGUAUGAUCAGCUGAAUGAUGUUUACAUGGUGGACUGUGACGCAAAAUCGGACGGAAUAUCUUUGCAAAUUGGAUCGAUCGAUUAUUUCAUUGAUUUAUCAAACUUAAUCAUUAAGGUUGACGAAGAAUUUUGUAUACUGUCAUUAUUCGGGUUCGAAUUUGACGGGUAUGGUCCAUCAUGGAUUCUCGGUGAUCCCUUCAUACGACAGUAUUGUCAUAUUCAUGAUGUAUCAAAUAAAAGAAUCGGAUUUGCUGAAUCAAUCAACGACUACUCAACGAAUGCGAACGCGAAUUUCACUCUGUUCGAUUAUUGA